CAUUAUUUGUCCCUGCUGCACUUUGAGUGUACUCUGCUAAAGUUAAGAGUACAACUGCUAUUCAUUGUCCAAAUAGGUCCAAAUUGUUCCUUUGCUUUUCCUGAAAGAGUCCAUACCAAAAUUUUCAGGAGCAUAUUCUAAGCCUUUGCUUUGUCUCCAAUGUAAUUGUUUGCUGUGAAGCUGAUAACAGUAAGACUGAGACCAACACUUGGUAACACAUUUUUAUAUACUGGGCCAAAAUACACUUCCUUCUGUAAGCCUGACGCCUCAGACUCUCACUGACAAUUUUGUUUCAUCCUGAUCUAAAGCAAUAUUACAGGUAAAAAAAAGGUUAGAGCCCUUUGUUUUUCCUUAACCCACCUCUGCCCACUCAGGCAUAGUGUGCAAUUGCAGCUUGGAGGCAGCACAUUAAGGAUAUUGAUACACUUGGCAUCUGUUCCCAAGAGUAUACUGUUAAGGAGUUCUUUCACCCUCCUUAAACCUGCCAGGUACCUCAGUCAAAUCACAAUCCCUAAAUAGCGGUGGGCAUUCUACUUACCCUGGUUUGAUGCCCUUCCUGCAGUGAUCCUAGCAGGGAGAAACAAAAGGCUAAGGUUUUGCCCAUGUGACAAAGGGGACUGAUGAAACCAUUAAAUACACUUGGUUUAUAUUGCUCAUUUUAUGCUGGCACACAUUGAGAGUUGGUAACCUCACAUUUAAUACAUUCCCUGGUCAUUAUGACAAGUUUCAUUUACAACUUUUACUUUCAAAUAUACCCUGUCCCUGUAAAUGCAGCUAAAUUGUUAUGUCUUAUGCAAAAUGGGCAGUUGAUUGACUAAUACACCCAGUUAAUUUUAUGUUUUACACUUAUCCAUAUAUACGGAACCAGUUUUAUAGUACUGAGUGUUAUUAUGCACUGGCCUUUGACUGCAAUAAACAUUUCUUCUGCUAUUUAUACCUGGGACAGUAUGAAUAGCAGGCAAAUAACUUCUGGUAGGUGGUCCUGUAUUUGUUAAAUAUGUAAAAAAGGGAACAGGAAAAGGAUAUUCCUCCUGAAUCUCUCCACUGUAAGAGAUGCAUGUUACCUAUCUAGAAACUCCAUAAUUCAGGAGCUAUGAAAUGGAAAAAAUGGAGAAUGCUUCCAUUUUAGAAGAGCUACUGAUAAAGAAGUCUCAGCAGAAGAAAAAAAUCUCCCCAAAUAAUUACAAAAAAAGAUUAUUUGUUCUGACAAAAACAAGUCUCUCCUAUUAUGAAUAUGGCAAAGAAAAAAAAGGAGCUAAGAAAGGAUCAAUUGACAUUAAGAAAAUUCGAUGUGCUGAAGCAGUGAAUCUUGAGGAACCAUCCCCUCCGGAGACACAAUACUCAUUCCAGAUUGUGUACAGAGGAGGCCUAUUGUAUGUUUUCUCAGCAAAUGAAGAAAGCCGGAGAAAGUGGUUAGAAGCUUUGCAUAAAGAGAUUAGUGGCAAUACGGAUUUACUAAAAAAGUAUCAUAAAGGAUUCUUUUUGAACGGGGAAUUCUCAUGCUGCAAUCAGGCUUGCAAAGCAGCUCCUGGAUGCACAAUAUGGGAAAAAUAUUCCAGCCUACACAAUGCAAGCAAUGCAGUGAAACCACUCCCACCGAUCCCAAGAAAAUUGAAGAUGAAGUAUGUUCACAAACCUCCAAAUCUGACAUCUCACAAGCCAUUUCUGAAAGAAGUUCUGGCUAUUUAUGAUUAUGAACCAGAAGGAAACUCUGAUAUUCAUCUCAUCAAAAACAACAAAUAUUAUGUCUUGUGUGAUGAGAAUCCUGACUGGUGGCAAGUGAGAGAUUUUGAAGGAAAUAAAGGCUUUGUUCCCUGUUCUUAUUUGAAGGAGGUAUCUCAGACCAGUAAAGAAUUGCGGGAAAACACUGAGGCAGCUGAAGUGAUAUCUUCUGAAGAGGACGAAAACAUAGAUAAAUAUGACUGGUAUGCUGGAAAUCUCUCAAGGGUCCAGGCAGAACAAUUGCUGCAGGAAAAGGGGAAAGAAGGUGCUUUCAUGGUUCGCAAUUCCAGUCAUGUGGGAAAAUACACUGUGUCAGUGCUCAGCAUGGCCUCUAGUGUUGAAAAAGGAACAGUAAAACAUUAUCAUGUUCAUGUCGACAAUGCAGAUCAGUUCUACCUGGCUGAGAAUUAUUGUUUCAGUUCACUUCCCAAACUUAUUGACUAUCAUCAACACAAUUCAGCGGGUAUGGUCACAAGGCUCCGACAUGCAGUAUCUCCAAAGGCAAACCUAUCAGCUGCACCACUUGAAAAAGGAAUCUGGGAGCUUAACCGUGAAGAGAUUGUCUUAGGGGAAGAGAUAGGGAGUGGACAUUUUGGAGUGGUGCAGAUGGGAAGAUGGAAAAGAAAAUAUGAUGUGGCUGUUAAAAUGAUCAGGGAAGGAUCAAUGUCUGCAGAUGAAUUCAUUGAAGAGGCUGAAACCAUGAUGAAGCUGGACCAUCCCAAACUUGUAAAACUAUAUGGAGUGUGCACCAAGUCAUUUCCCAUUUAUUUAGUGGCUGAAUACAUGCCUAAUGGCUGCUUGCUGGACUAUUUAAAAAGCCAUGGGAAAAAAUUACCUCAGUCUCAGCUUGUGGAGAUGUGUUACCAUGUUUGUGAAGCAAUGGCUUUUCUUGAGAGCCACCAGUUCAUACACCGAGACUUGGCUGCUAGGAAUUGUCUGGUUGAUGCUGACCUAAUUGUGAAGGUAUCUGAUUUUGGAAUGACAAGAUAUGUGCCAGAUGAUCAGUAUGUCAGUUCCUUUGGAGCUAAAUUUUCAAUGAUGUGGUCUGCACCAGAGGUUUUUAAUUAUACCAAGUUCAGCAGCAAAUCUGAUGUAUGGGCUUUUGGAAUUUUAAUGUGGGAAGUCUUCACUUUGGGGAAGCAGCCCUAUGAUCGAUAUGAUAAUAUACAAGUGGCUGAAAAGAUAGGUCAUGGUUAUCGGCUUUAUCGUCCAAAAUUGGCUUCUAGAGCAAUCUAUCAAAUAAUGCACAGCUGCUGGCAUGAGCUGCCAGAAAAACGGCCCACCUUUCACCAUCUGCUUUCACUCCUGGAAGCAUACAGGAAAAAUGACAAACCUGGAAAACGAGUUCAUCUUAAAUGAAUAAGCAUGAAUAUUGGUACUGAAGGAGGCAGGAGAGUCUUCACUGGACAGCAGAAAGCAGUGAAGAAAGAGGCUUAGUCACAGCUGGUGUCAAACUACUGCUGGUAUCAUCCCUAUAAUACAGUUUUGAAGCAGUCCUUGAAAUUGUUGGGUUAUAAAUUUUCUACAUCUACAUUAGUGGAAUGUUGUUUAUUAGACCAACUCAAGUGACAAUAAUACGCAAACUUGAAUUCUCAAACACUUUAUCAGGAACAAUUGCACCAUAGUUUUUUAUCUGAGUUAGUCUUUCACAUUUAUUGCCUAUAUGUGAAUUAUGGAAUUUCUUUUAGUCAACACAAUUAACUUUACUUUUUUGCAUGUUUGUCCUGGUUUUUUUGUUUAAGUGCAAUCCUGAAACUUUUAGAAAUGGGGGUGGGGGGGAAUGUUCUAUCCCAGGUGUUAAUAAAAUACUUUGCUAUUAUUCCUUUCAAUUAUGUCUUCAGCAAGGAAUAUACUGUAUAAGAAAAGAAAAAUAUUAUAAUUGGGAAAUAAAAUUAACUACCAAAACAGGGUUCCAAAGUU